AAACAUCUCAGGCUCUCCUGUUAUCUCACCAAACCACACACACACACGCACUACAGUCGCUGGGUUCUCCAUCUCGCCAGCAACCCCUGCAUCACCAGCUUGUGGCGUUGCCAGCAGUGCUGCAGCAAUAUAACGGACGCCGUGCCGGCAGCGUCAGCCGCAAACAGCCGCUGUACCGUAUCGUACCGGCGCUGGCAGCCCACGCGCGGUGGCGGCACCACAGUCGUCCAGCAGACCGCAGCAGAGCAAGCACACACACGCACACACCGCCAACGAAGGGUCAGUCGCUGACCCCCGUGCGCGCCGUGACGGAGGCAAGUCUCUGCUGCGAAGAGAGAGAGAAAGAGCGCUGCAACCCGAGGGCAGGUCAGCAGCCGGCCUUCAGAGCUAUCCUUCUCUGUCUCUCUCUCUCGCACGCGCGCGUGUGUGUGCGCGUGCCGUGAAGUGGAGGACACGUAGCGACAGACUCGCCAGGCACGCAGAACGCCCCAGCAUCGUGUUUCUGGCAUCGGAAGCCUGCAGAGACGCCUAUCGUCCACCCGGUGCAAUCGGUGGAUCGGUGGAGGAGUAGAAGGGUAUCCGCGCGGCCUUGCCCUAACUAAGCGGGUAGAAACUCUUGGAGGGACAGAGACAAGAGGGGCCACCUAGUGCUGGCGGCGCAGACUGAAGGAGGAUGCCGAGUGCUGCUUGUCGAGUGCCGGUCGUCUGCUUGCCUGCCUGCUGGCGUGAUUGAGGAGACUGCAACACUGGGCCUCGCCAAUCGAACGCUGGGAACAGCAGCACUCGCAAAAUCUUGAAAAGAACUCAUCCUCAUCAGCAAAGUAUUUGCAAGGUGCUACAGUUACAGUUGAGCUACACCUGACAUAACCGUCCAUCCCUCGGGAAGGGACUAAAGACAUGGACCACAGUCUCUUCUGAACGUGUACCCAGAUUCCCAGAAAGAAUUCUUAUCACCACACGACCCACUGCCUCCCUGUAGAGCGUUGCCCCUCCGCCAUGGCUCGGGUUGGCAGCGUGGGUCAGUUGGGUCAGGCGGGUGAGCAGCAGCGACCCAACAAACUCUGUGAUGGAGAGAAUGAGAAAGAUGAACCUGAAGAUCGACAGCCUGCAGCAGAAAGUACAGACACCCCGCUUCAUCUACAUCCUUACCUUCUUCGCCGCGCUAGGAGGUUUCCUCUUCGGGUACGAUACGGGUGUCAUCUCGGGUGCAAUGAUCCUGCUUCGCAACUCCUUCAGCCUCUCGUCCGUGUGGCAGGAGCUCAUCGUCAGUGUCACCAUCGCAUCUGCUGCUGUGCUUGCCCUGGUCGGGGGUCUGAACGACAUGCUGGGUCGGCGACCGGUCAUCAUGGUGGCUUCGCUGAUCUUCACCGUGGGUUCGCUGAUCAUGGCCUUCUCCAAGGACAAGUUCGUCCUUCUCGUCGGCCGAAUAGUCGUCGGCGCCGGCAUCGGUCUGACAUCUACCACGAUCCCAAUGUACCUGGCUGAGUGUUCUCCAUCUUACCUCCGUGGGACACUCGUGUCCACCAACAUCGCCAUGGUCGCUUUCGGUCAGUUCAUGGCCAAUGUCGUCGAUGGCAUAUUUGGAGACGAUGCACACGACGGCUGGAGAUACAUGCUGGGUAUGGGGGGCAUCCCCUCCUUAGUACAGUUUGUAGGCUUCCUCUUCAUGCCGGAGAGUCCGCGGUGGCUCAUCUGCCAGGGUCAAGAGGAGAAAGCCAGGCGGGCGCUGCAGUCCAUGCGGGGAAUGCUGGACAUCGAGGAGGAGUACGAACAGAUCAAACAGACUUGUCGAGAGAUCCAGCAGGAGGAGGAGGCGAGGGGCCGCAAGCCAGUCAUCAUCCAGAUGCUGCAGAUCCCUGCCGUGCGGCGCUCUCUCCUGGUGGGCUGCAGCCUGCAGGUCAUCCAGCAAUUCGCUGGCAUCAACACAGUCAUGUACUACAGUGCCACCAUCAUCCGCAUGUCAGGCGUGAAAAGCGAUGAGGCUGCCAUCUGGUUGUCUGCCGUCACCUCAGCUGUCAACUUCCUGUUCACGGUGGUCGGCCUGUACCUCGUUGAGCGCAUCGGCAGGCGACCCUUGACCCUGGGCAGCCUCAUGGGCGCGAUCGUCAGUCUGGCGUGGUUGGCGGUCGGGUUCCACCUGUCUGCCCUUAACACCCCCCCUGUGGACUAUCUGGAGCCUGUCGUCAUGGAUUCGCAGUGUUCUCGAUACAGGUCAUGCAACGACUGCCGGCAAGACCUGGACUGUGGCUACUGCUACAUCGACCUGGAGGAUGCCGUUGCCAACGCCAGCUGCUUGCCAACCAGCUACGACAACCCUUGGAUGGCCACCACAGGACGCUGCAACAGCAGCUACCUGCCCAAUCCCCUCACCUGGGCCUACGACUACUGUCCCACGCCAUAUUCGUGGAUGCCUAUGGUUGGCCUUGUUCUCUACCUGGUCUUCUUCGCUCCAGGCAUGGGUCCCAUGCCCUGGACUAUCAACUCGGAGAUCUACCCACUGUGGGCUCGUAGCACGGGCAAUUCCGUGUCCACAUUCACCAACUGGACCUGUAACCUGGCAGUCUCCAUGUCCUUCAUAAGUCUUACUGAGGCACUCACCAGAUAUGGAACAUUCUGGAUGUAUGCCUGCAUGGCUUUCGCUGGAGCCAUCUUGCUGGCGCUGAUUCUGCCAGAAACAAAAGGACGCAGUCUAGAAGAGCUGGAGGGCCUGUUUGCAAGGCCCUGGAUAGGUGACAGCGGAGCACCUAUCAACUACAACAUCAAGACUGUGCAGUACGUUCACAUACGAGGGCUCAAUCGCGACGGACGUGAAUCUGAACUGGAUUCACCAGAAUGAGGUCAGCUGACACUUACGGGAGAACUCGGUGACCACAUCUCUCUAGACCCUCCUGACGCAUCAAUAAUAAUAAUAAUAAAAAAAACCUGUUCUGCUGUUCAGAACCUGGUGGUCGCUCCAUGCCAGGGGUCUGACAAAGAAUUCGCCAGUGGGGUGCAGUGAUUGACCUGUGUGCUGUUAUGGAAAUGGGCAAGCUCAGAUUCCAAACGGCAGGCGGUAGUCUGGAGAGUAAUCUGAUUUAGAACCCUGUUGUCUAAGCGCUUGAGAAGUAUAGCUUAGUGCUCUGCCAUCCGUGUUGACAAACUGUUUUAUUUUGAGGUCGCACUUGCUGGUGCCAACAUCACUGGGCUGCCUAGUGACAGAACAAUAGAAGUUAUUGAAGGGACAAAAAAAUGGGGGUGAUGGGGUCAGGAGAUGGGAAGCAGCAACAGAAAAAAAAAAUCAGGCAAGGGGAUUAAACAAAGUUGACGUUGAAAAGAUGGGAAUGGCAUAGUGUUUGAAAUAGCAACAUUAGACUUAGACAAUAUUUAUCACGUGUUAUUAAAAACAAAUUAAGCUCUGUAAAUACACAUAUGGAUGGCGCAUCUGUUUUGAUAAUGACACUAUGUGAUUCGUCCUCAAUAGCAUUGAACGUCGUCACGACAAAAGAUCAAAACUAUAUUUCGUAAUUCGUUGUGAGUCGACUUUUGUAUGUUGGCAAUCAAGUUUCCAUGUUACCUGGAUAUGUACAGACUUCUAACGGGCUAGUCAUUAGCUGCUAACAUUAGUGUUAGCGUUAGCAGCUUCUGUACAGUGGCAAAGCUGCAUCAUAUACCCAGAUGUUUUGUUGGCUGAUGGAACAGAGAACUGUUAAAUUGCCCUGGAGAUAUUUCUCAUUUGUCACAUCACUGUCAUCAGUCUUUUAAACGGAAACUGUGGUAAUACUAAUGAUAAAGCGAGCACAUACACACACAAUGCUUACAUUACCUACCGAAUAAUGCCCUAAUGAGCCUUUUUCUCUAAAGCUUCUUUUUGAAAAUGUAACAUUUUUUCCCACGAAAAUUCCCCCUGAUCUUCAAUUAUAAAUUAUUAUUUAUCAUUUUUCCUCCGAUUUCAUACGGUUCAAUGAUAACAAAAAGUGGCAAUCUGCUAAAGGAUCUGGUUCUAUUGAGUAUAAUAAAUAAGAUGAAAAUUGAUGAUAAGAUGAGAUGAAAAUUCCGAGAACGCAUUUAAGGUCAGCCAAAAGAGGAGACAGACCCAAUAAAACUUAAAAAUGCCAUUCGCUUUAAUUAACAGUACAUAUUAUUCUACUAAUAUUCGUCUUUAAUGGCUUGUUCAAAUAUGUUAACGUGCUUAACUCUCAUGACUUCACUUUUGUUGUUGUUUUGAUAUUGCCAUUGGGUUUACUUUGGUGCCAGGAUUUUCAUCUGUUGUCAAACACGGACGAAAUGCUUAUUUAAGAUGGACAAACAAAAGUCUCGAGGCAACCGCAGCUGAAAAAAGAACUAUGCCAAUUCGUUCACCGCUUGAAGAGAAUUGCACAGACCGGCUACAAUGAUGUCAUAGCCUUUGGACUAGUAGUCAUGGAAGAAAGGUGGAAUUCAGAGUACGCAGCUAGUUGGACAGCUAACGCCUGACAGUCAGCUAAACUGCUAAUUUGUUUGUAUUUUAGGCGACUGUCAUCUAAGCUAUAGAUGCUAGCUGCUUACUAUGUACCCGACUCCUAAAGGAAGAAUGCAAGGUAAGGUGGUAUAACAUAGGUGUCAGAGUUUUUAUUUGAGGAAGAAGAUGCCAACGCCCGUAAAACCCAAUCAGCAGCAGGUGUGAGCAGGGAAGUGGAAUCACAGAAGCUUGGCAAAUAUUCGUGCGGCAAAGCCCCUGUCCAAGCUGCUCUAUGUCUGUGUUCUUUGUUAAAGUUUUGGUCUGGCCACAAUCAGGCCUAUGUUGUGUUUGAUGCAUUUUGUACUUUUACAUUGUAUAUUUUGAUCGACUUUAUCAAGACAGGUUUUUUUGCCUGUUAACUUGCUGCAAUUAUGUCUCUUCUUCUCUACUGGAUUGUGUUAUUGCCGGGACGGUAUUUUUGUGUGAACGAUUUUGUGCGUCAGGUUAAAUAAUAAGUAUUUUUAUUUCUUGAAGAGAUUCUGGAAGGAAAAAGGAGAAAUAGCUUUACAGGGACUGGAGAGCCACUGGCCGGCGGGUCAUCUACUAGCACUGCCAGGAUAUCAGCUGGUGUGGUGAUUGAAUUUUUCGCUUGGGUUUGAAAGAUUGCCCAAGUCAAGUAUGUACUGAUUGAUGUCAUUGACACAAAUAUUGGACCAGAUGUAUGAGGUUUGUGUUCGGAUUGUUGAUAAUUAUCUUCGCUUUGACUACAAGCGAAGCCGAGAUUGAUUGACCAUCUUUACAAGUAGACCUCUUCUAUCAAACUCAAAAGUAAAAGUCAUACAUGCAAUAUCUUUGACAACGGACAUUACAUAACGGACUCAAUAAUUAAAUAUUUUACCAAACAAAUAUGCUUCUUUAGAAACAGCAUUACUCAUUCCAAGCCCAUGAAUUUCAUUUACGAAUGAUGAAUUUUAUCGUUCCCAUUGUCUUAAAAAGUUAACGGCAAGUUUAGCUUUCUAGUCAUCAUGUUUUCAAUAGCAUGGCAUUUGAAUGGAACAGUGAGUGGUGCAUCACAACCAACUUAGACAUGAUGAGACUGAAUCAAAUGCAAAGUAAAGCAAUAGCUCUUUCCCUAGGGCCUGGUGGUGUUUUCUUACAAAGGCUUGUGUAUAACAGAAUAUGGACCGACAUGUAUUUUUGUUGUAACGAUUCCAUGUUUGUGACAUAAGGUCGACAUAUAUAUAUAAAAGAGCAUUAGUAACUAU